AUGUUGAUGGUCAACUCGGAGACUUUCAAUGCAGAGCUGAACUCACAGAAUCUUGGGACUGCCUUUGAGUUUAAAAUUCACCUGGACGCCGGCAAAGAAGACUGCUACUAUCAGAUGGUUGAGAGUGGUGCUUCGUUUUACGUGGCCUUUCACGUCCUUCGCGGCGGUGACACCAAUGCCGGAUUUUACAUCAAUGACCCUAACGGACAGACUAUCAUGCCGUACCAGUGGAAACAGCACGCCGAGUUUGAUGAUGGCCAAGUGACAAACGCCGGUUACUACAGCAUGUGCGUCGACAACAAGCCUUCAAGUUACCAAUCAAAAUUGGUCAGCCUUUACGUAGCCUCCUUUAAGAGGGACGAAUGGGAAAAGUACAUAUCCGAACUGACUGAAGCCGAUCUGACGACGAACAAUGCUACUAACCUGCUGCGAAAUGUCGACCACAAUAUUCAUGAGAUGCUGAAGUACUUGGAGAACUCCAAGCAACAGUACACUUACGAUUCAUAUCUGAGUGAAUCAAAUCGAAACUAUGUGCAGAACUGGUCCAUUCUCCAGUGCAUCGUCAUCAUCAUCUCCUCGGUGACACAGGUUUAUUUUGUGCGAAAACUCUUUGCUUUUACAAAUGGAAAAGGCAGCAGACCACGAGCCUAA